UUUCUGUACAUGGAGUAUAGGUGUCAAGUGCUAUAAGUCUUACAACUUUUACUGUACACAUAUUUGGGAUGUUAUAGGACUCAGUGGCCUUUGAGGAUGUGGCUGUGAACUUCACUCCGGAGGAGUGGGCUUUACUGGACCCUUCGCAGAAGAAACUCUACAGAGAUGUGAUGCGGGAAACCUUCGAGAACCUGGCCUCAGUAGGAAAAGGAAUGGAAGAUUAUGACACUGAAGAUCAGUACAAAAACCAGGGGAGAAAACUAAGAAGUCAUAUAGAAGAGAGAAUCUGUGAAAGUGAAGCGAGUAGUGAGUGUGAGGAAAACCUCAGCCUUAUUUCAAAUCUCAGUCUGAACAAGAGAAUUUUUCCUAGAGUAAAACCAUGGGAACACAGUGUGUGUAGAGAAGUCUUCAUACAGCAUUCGUCUUCUAAUAGGCACAUCAGAUGUCACACUGGACACGAUCCCAAUGAGUAUCAGAAACAUGGAGAGAAGCCACGUAAAUGUAAGGCGAGUAUGAGAGCCUUCAGUUAUCUCCAAAUUUUUGAAAAAUAUGAAAGAAAUCACAAUGGAAGAGAGAAACCCAAUGAAUGUAAGCAGUGUACUAAAGUAUUCAGUCGUCGCAGUCAUCUUCGAAGACAUGAAAGAAUUCACACUGGAGAGAAACCCUAUGAAUGUAAACAGUGUACUAAAGCGUUCAGUUGUCUCAGUAGUCUUCGAAGACAUGAAAGAACUCACACUGGAGAGAAACCCUAUGAAUGUAAACAAUGUGGUAAAUUCUACAGAGAUCACUCUUACUUACAAACACACAAAAGAAUCCAUACUGAAGAGAAACCCUAUGAAUGUAAGCAAUGUAGUAAAACAUUCAGGUAUCUCAGUAACCUUCGAAGUCAUGAAAGAAUACACACUGGAGGGAAACCCUAUGAAUGUAAACUGUGUGGUAGAGCCUUCAGAGAGUCCUAUUUCUUAAAAACACAUGAGAAAACUCACACUGGAGAGAAACCCUAUGAAUGUAAGCAAUGUACUAAAACAUUCAGUUGUCUCAGUCGUCUUCAAACACAUAAAAGAACUCACACAGGAGAGAAACUCUAUAAAUGUAAGGAAUGUGGAAAAGCCUACAGAGAUUACUGUAAAUUACAAACACACGAGAGAACUCACAACGAAGAGAAACCGUAUGAAUGUAAACAAUGUGGUAAAUUCUACAGAGAUCACUCUAACCUACAAAAACACAAAAGAAUCCAUAAUGAAGAGAAACCCUAUAAAUGUAAGCAAUGUACUAAAGCAUUUAGUUGUCUUCGUUAUCUUCAAAGACAUGAAAGAAUACACACUGGAGGGAAACCCUAUGAAUGUAAACAGUGUGGUAAAGCCUUCAGAGAGUCCCGUUGCUUAAAGACACAUGAGAGAACUCACACUGGAGAGAAACCCUAUAAAUGUAAGCAAUGUAGUAAAGCAUUCAUUUGUCCCAGUUCUCUUCGCAAACAUAAAAGAGUGCAUACAGUAUUGAAACCCUAUGCAUGCAAAGAAUGUGGUAAAGCCUUCAGAGAGUCACAUUCCUUAAAAACACACGAGAGAACUCACACUGGAGAGAAACCCUACAAAUGUAAGCAGUGUACUAAAACAUUCAGUUUUCUCAGUUCUCUUAGUAAACAUAAAAGAGUGCACACUGAACAGAAACUCUCUAAAUGUAAAGAAUGUGGAAAAUCCUACGUAGAUUACUGUAAAUUACAAAUACACGAAAGAACUCACACUGGAGAGAAACCCUAUAAAUGUAACCAAUGUAGUAAAGCAUUCAGUUGUGUCAGUUAUCUUCAAACACAUGAAAGAAUACACACUAGAGGGAAACCCUAUGAAUGUAAACAGUGUGGUAAAGCCUUCAGAGAGUCCCGUUUCUUAAAAACACAUGAGAGAACUCACACUGGAGAGAAACCCUAUAAAUGUAACCAAUGUAGUAAAGCAUUCAGUUAUGUCAGUUAUCUUCAAACACAUGAAAGAAUACACACAUAGGGAAACCCUAUGAAUGUAAACAGUGUGAUAAAGCUUUCAGAGAGUCACAUUCCUUAAAAACACAUGAGAAAACUCACACUGAAGAAAACCCUAUG